CUAAAAUCCCUUUGGUAUACCUUUGCCGCAUCUGAUACCUCUCUCACUCUCUCCACUUUUUGCUGUCCCCAAUUUGACAAUUUCAGCCGUCCCUUUUCCAAGCUUCAAAGAGGAGCAACUGAGCAAGGCAAAAUCUAAGCUUCCAGCCCACCGUCCCUCUUUCUCUUCGGUUUGUCUCCACCAUUUUUGACUUCUGAGCUUCCACCAGACUGUCCGACUCUUUGGUCCGCCUCCGCCAUCUCUUCAGUCCACACUCUCUCACGGUUGCAGCUCCAGCAGCGGGCCUUCCAGCGACACUCAUUGGUUCCAGCUCUCACUCUCUAACAGGGCAGUGGCAGGCACUGAAUCAAUCCCAAAUGAUGCUAAAGGCUUGCUCUGCUGAUGGUAGCCUAAAGCGGAAGAAAGAACCCGAAGCAGCUGAUGACGAACGAGGGAAAAGAAAUGAAAUUCCAGAACUAGCUUUAACGCCUCAUGAAAUCGGUCGUAGAAAGGUCAAUUUUAUCUUUGACAAUGCCGCAAUAAAGAAGACUCUCGUAAAAAAGAAGUGGAAAGUUCCAUGUUCCUUGGAUGAUGCGGAGAUUAUUCUGAGGCAGAAUAAGGAUGUGAACCAAUACCGAUGUGACAUCUUGCACGAGGCUUUACGGGCAAUUCUGGAUAGUCCACUGAAUAGAUAUGGAUUGGUUGGGGCUAUAUAUGUUAAAAUUGAGAAUGGAGUGUUGUUCGAAGUUAAACCGCAGGUUCGGAUACCCAGAACGUUGCAGCGUUUUUGUGGUCUAAUGAUGAAUUUGUUGGAGAAAUCUUGCAUACGGACUGAAGGAACCAAGGAAGUCCUUUUACGUGUGAUUCAGGAACCUGUAACCAGAUAUUUACCUACCAAUUCUCAUAUUAUAGGCCUUUCCCAUACUUCUCCAAAGGUGGUUAAUAUUGAAGACUAUCUGUCUGCUGUAGACGAUGAUAUCAACCUUACUUUUGUGGUUGGAACAUCAGUCCUAGGGGAAAUAAAUCAGCAGUAUGUAGAUGAUUGUUUAACAGUUACCAACUAUCCAUUGUCUGCAAAAGGGAGCAUUGGGAUGAUUUGCCAUGUCCUUGAACAUAAGUGGAAUAUCUUCUAAUUUACUGCUUUUCUUUUUGGGGGAGGAAAGAUCUCAUAUGGGGAGUAUCUCUAAAUUUUACUAUUUGCAAAUCCAGUUUUGAGUUUUGACAGUGCAUAAUAGCUUCUUUUUUUAAUUUUUUAAAAUUAUUAACAUCAGAUUUUGUCCUUUAGCGGCUGGCGUUUAUAUCUCUUGUAGCUAUCAUUUCUCAAAAAACAUAAUAAUUUUUUGUAUCGCCUUGUUUGUGGAGAAUCGGUCAAUAUAGAUGUUCCGCUGUCUGUGCAUGUA